CCCGGUCCAAAACUAAGAUUAAAAAACCAAGAGUGAAGACACGCCCAGAUAAAAAGCAUCUGAAUAGAUCCGGAAGACCCCCAAGUUCCGUCAGAGGAAGAUAAAUGGCAUCCAAUCGGCGCCCGUUUCUUGGCAGCCAAUCAGCUUCCACCUUACAACGGUGCUCCGGAGAGCCGGCCCGGGCUGCUUUCUUCUCUCUAAGGGGUGAGGUUGUCACUGCAGGGUCCAGCUCCAGUAAGUGGCUAGUGACUGACUAGCAGUGCAGUGUCCCCCCCCCCCUUUUCUUUUUCUUUUUCUUUUUUCUUGUGCUUACUGCUUUUCUUUCUCCGCUCACGUAAUGCACUCCCUGAACCAAGAAAUCAAAGCAUUCUCCCGGGAUAAUCUCAGGAAACAGUGCACCAGGGUGACCACGCUAACUGGAAAGAAACUUAUAGAAACCUGGAAAGAUGCCACAGUUCAUGUUGUGGAGACAGAGCCCAGCGGUGGGGGUGGUUGUGGCUAUGUGCAGGACCUUACCUUGGACCUGCAAGUUGGCGUUAUUAAGCCCUGGUUGCUUCUGGGGUCACAGGAUGCUGCUCAUGACCUGGAGCUACUGAGAAAGCACAAGGUGACUCAUAUUCUCAAUGUUGCAUAUGGAGUUGAAAAUGCUUUCCUCAGUGAGUUUAUAUAUAAGACCAUUUCUAUACUGGAUGUGCCUGAAACCAAUAUCCUGUCUUAUUUUCCAGAAUGUUUUGAGUUUAUUGAGCAAGCAAAACUGAAGGAUGGCGUGGUUCUCGUGCACUGUAACGCAGGGGUUUCCAGGGCCGCUGCGGUUGUCAUUGGUUUCCUCAUGAGUUCUGAAGAAGUCGCUUUCACCACUGCUCUGUCAUUGGUGAAAGAGGCGAGACCAUCCAUAUGUCCGAAUCCUGGCUUCAUGGAACAGCUCCGCACUUACCAAGUGGGAAAGGAGACCAAUGGAAGUGACCAAGUGCCCACGGUGGACACGACCCAUGGUCUGUGAUCUGUACUCCAGCAGAGGCAAAAGACUUCUGCAUCGGCCUCUUUCCUCUUGCCUGUGUUUUGGAAGGAAACUUGGAAAACUUCCCUUUUCUGUUGCCUUUUACCAGUGGAAAUGAAUGUUAACUUUGUCGCCCUGAGUUAAUACAUUUUAAAGUUUUACCUUU